CAGGGGAGGAAAGACGAAAGGAAGACAUGGGAACGGCCACACUAGAGCCGGGAGUCAGAGUGGAGCCCAGCCCAGCUGAAUAGGGAUGACAUCGCCCUGUGGUAGCCCUCAGAACUGAAGCCUCACAAUGACAGAACCGGAGACACUGGCCCUGCUGGACAUGAAGGAACCCGAGACUCCAGAGAAGAGCCCACCGCAGGCUUUAGUCCUGCAGUCAGAGGAAGAAGGUGGGACUGAGUCCCCUGGAGCUGAGUCCCUCCGAGUGGGGUCCUCAGUGGGGUCUCCUAUAGUCAGAGAGGGGCUUGAGGAUGGUCCAGACAGCACAAUAAGUGAGGCUGCCACUUUACCCUGGGGAACUGACCCCCAUCCUAGCGCCCCACUUCCGGAUCCCCCGGGCUGGCGAGAUAUUGAACCAGAGCCCCUAGAGUCAGAGGCACCUACUAAGUCGGAGGAGCUACUCAAAGAAGAUGCCAACCUGCUCCCCGAGAAGACAGUUAGGGCCUUCGUGCCCAUUGACCUACAGUGCAUCGAGCGGAAGCCACAGGAGGAGCGCAUCAUGCAUCGCGAGGCUGGACCAGGCGAGCUCAGGAAUUUCCUGCCAGCCCGACUCAGCCACCCCGAGCCCCCAGAGCGCAAGUGGGCUGAGGCCGUGGUGAGACCCCCUGGCCGGUCCUGCGGGGGCUGUGGAAGCUGUGGAGGCCGUGAGGCACUGAGAGCUGUCGGCUCGGUGGUGGCGGCCCUCAUCUUCUUCCCCUGCCUGCUGUACGGAGCCUACGCCUUCCUGCCUUUCGAUGCCCCGAGGCUGCCCACCAUGAGCUCCCGCUUGGUCUACACCCUACGCUGUGGGGUCUUUGCCACCUUCCCAAUCGUGCUCGGGCUCCUUGUUUACGGGCUGAGCCUAUUGUGCUUUUCUGCGCUCCGGCCCUUCGGCGAGCCGAGGCGGGAAGUGGAGAUCCACCGGCAGUACGUGGCCCAGUCUGUGCAGCUCUUCAUCCUCUACUUCUUUAACCUGGCUGUGCUUUCGACCUAUCUGCCCCAGGACACCCUCAAGCUGCUGCCGCUGCUCACCGGUCUCUUUGCCAUAUCUCGGCUGAUAUACUGGCUGACCUUUGCUGUGGGCCGCUCCUUCCGAGGCUUUGGCUACGGCCUGACUUUCCUGCCACUCUUGGCCAUGCUGGUGUGGAACCUCUAUUACAUGUUCGUGGUGGAGCCAGAGCGCAUGCUCACUGCCUCCGAGAGCCGCUUGGACUACCCUGACCAUGUCCGGUCUCUGUCCGACUACAGGCCCCGCUCAUGGGGCUGAGCCACCUAGAGCUGCGCAGGGGGCUUUCGGCACUUCCCUGGAACAGUUGUAGGCCUGGCCUUUGCCCGGGCAAUGGACCUUUGAUGCGAGGAACCUUGCUACUUCCCCACUGGGGCCCCAAAUACCCCUACUCUCUCCUAGCCGCUGCUUUACCCCAAGGGAGAGAUUGGAGAAGCACACUUCCUUCUUGGGCAGCUUCCCACCGCUGCAUGGCACAGGAGCUAUGGCAGGAUGGUCACCUCACUCAGCUUCCUGUGGGUCAGGAGUGCAGAGCCACAGCCCACCCUGAACUGUCUGUGCCAGUGAGUGUCAAGAAGGAAAACCUGCCUUAGCCCGGGGAUAGAAGUUGGUGUCAUGGCAGAUAGUUGGUGGAGACCUAGGGGGCCUGGGGUCAGGACCCACUACCACUGGCCUCAAGCCUCUGUUAUAUGUAACUGUUGUCUUUCCUGUCCCAACCUACGUGGGUCUCUGUAACCUUCCACUUUUCAAACUUCCAAGACGUCCCACUGUAAGGCGGGAGGGGCAUAGGGCUAAAAUCUCCAAAAGAACUGUGUGUGAACUCACAUGGUGGCUAGGAAGGCAGAGCGCCGUCCGCCCAGCAUACAUCUGUGAGUAUGUAAUAAAUCACUGCCAGGCUCCCGUGGCUCUUUCAUUCUGCUCCCCACCCCCUCCUAGCAUCAAGGGGUACAAAGGAGGACUGGGGAGAAAGGGGGGCUCAAAGAGAAACUAACUAACUGCCUUCCA